UUUGUAGGCUGUGUUUGGAGAUGAUGUUGAUUAACCAAAUUCAAAACAAAGAGAUGUCAUCUAAAAAGUCGUGAAUAUCUAAAACUGUCUUGUGCACUUAAACAUAAAAUGGAUACUAUUUAUCUAAUUGAACCCAUAGAACCCGAUGAUAUUCCUCUCACAUCAGAUCCUGUCUGGAUUUUAGGAAAAAGGUACAACGCUCUAGAAGAGUUAGAAAACAUACGACAAGAUAUAACGACAAGGAUAUGGUGUACUUACAGAAAAGGAUUUAUACCUAUUGGGGGUGGAGAUGGUUUAACUUCUGAUAAGGGCUGGGGAUGUAUGUUAAGAUGUGGUCAAAUGGUCUUAGCACAAGCCCUUGUUAAUCUUCACUUAGGGCGUGAUUGGUUUUGGGAUACUGAUACAAGAGACUCUAUUUAUUUAAAAAUCUUGCAGAAGUUUGAAGAUCGGAGACAAGCACCUUUUUCCAUUCACCAAAUUGCCCUAAUGGGAGCUUCAGAAGGAAAAGAAGUUGGACAAUGGUUUGGUCCAAAUACUGUGGCCCAAGUUUUAAAAAAACUAGUCAAAUAUGAUGAGUGGAGUUCUCUAGCAAUUCAUGUAGCCUUAGAUAAUACAGUUGUGAUAAGUGAAAUAAGAGACCUUUGCCAAUUUAGAAAUCAUCAAAGUAAUACUAAUAAUGCUAAUAUGACUACUUUAAGCAAAGAUUGGAAACCAUUAUUAUUGGUAGUACCUCUAAGAUUAGGACUUACUGAAAUUAAUCCUAUUUAUGUUAAUUGUGUUCAGACGUGUUUCCAAUUUAAACAAAGCCUUGGUAUAAUUGGUGGUAAACCUAACUUGGCUUUAUACUUUAUUGGUUGUGUUGGAAAUGAAGUUAUAUUUUUGGAUCCACAUACAACACAAAGAUGUGGUUUUGUGGAGACUAAAGAAACUGAUGAACAAAUGGAAAUGGAUUCCACAUACCAUUGUAAACAUGCUUCAAGAAUAAAUAUUUUGUCAAUGGAUCCAUCAGUGGCAGUUUGUUUCUUAUGUGAAACUGAAGAAGAAUUUGAUGACCUUUGCAGUCUAGUCAAAACAAGUCUUAUUACACCUGACAAACAGCCUCUGUUUGAAGUUUGCUAUGAAAAACCAAAAGAAUGGUCUUUUACUGAAGAAUCAGCUGAAGAGGCUUUAGGAGCUUCAUGCAUAGAUUACGAUGACAGACAAUUUGAUUCUGAUAACGAAUUUGAAAUAUUGUAACAUAAAGUUUUUGUAAAUAAUCCUUAUUGGUGACCUCAUAUACUAUGUGUAGGUUUUUAUAUCAAAUUUGCAACAGAUUUGAGUGCAUUUAGCUUAUAAAUUAUUGUUUUUUUAA